CACUACCACCGCCCGCCAGAUAAAUAUAAGGGCGCGCUUCGACAUGACCGCUUGCCCAUAUCCCCGCCUCGCUCACUUCAGGAACAUCGCGGCGUGCCGGACAUCAUGGCCCAUGAUCGAAGCGGGAGCAGCCGUGGCCGGCGGACGGACGCGGAAGCCGCCCAGCAGGACUCGCACUCUGAGCGCACGCCCUUGCUGAAGUCCUCGGGCACCGACGGGGCGGCUCUCGCGAAUGGCGGUCCGGCGCCCGAGGCCAACGGCCUUGUCGCCCGCGAGGAGCAGCAGCAGCAGCAGCAGCAGGAGGAGGAGGAGGGGGAGGAGGAGCAGACCGUCCUGGCCGAAGAAGUCUCCCUUGCGAGGCUGUCCCUCAUCAUGGGCACUGCUUGGGUGGGCGUCUUCCUCGGCGCUAUCGACUCCACCAUCAUCGCGACGCUCGCCGCCCCCAUCGCCAGCGAGUUCCGCUCGCUCAACCUGUACUCGUGGCUCGCCACCGCCUACCUCAUCUCCAACGCCGCCUGUCAGCCCAUCUCGGGACGGCUGACGGACAUUUUUGGCCGCGGCCCCGGCCUGGUCGUGAGCAACCUCUUCUUUGCCGCGGGGAACCUCAUCUGCGGUCUCGCUCAGGACGAGGGCACCAUGAUCGUCGGCCGAGUCGUGGCCGGCAUCGGCGGCGGCGGCCUCAUGAGCAUCUCGACGUUUCUGGGCUCGGACCUGAUUCCCCUGCGGCAGCGCGGCGUGGUGCAGGGCAUUGGCAACCUGUGCUACGGCUCAGGGGCUAUGCUGGGAGGCAUCUUUGGCGGCCUCAUCAACGACCACACGAGCAUGGGAUGGAGGUUGGCCUUUCUCAUACAGGUGCCCCCGGUCCUCGUCUCCGCCGUCGCCGUCGCCAUCCUCGUCAGAGUGCCGCCCAAGCAGUCGGACAAGUCGUACCUCUCGCGCAUCGACUUUGGCGGCGUCUUCCUGACAUCGUCGUUCCUCGUCCUGCUGCUGCUCGGCCUCAACUCCGGAGGAAACCAGGUGCCGUGGACGCACCCCCUCAUUCUGACCUCUAUCCCGCUGUCCGUCGUCACGUUUGCCGGCUUUUUGUGGUGGGAGAGCAAGGCUCGGCAAUCCAUCAUCCCGGUGCGACUGCUCGCAGAACGGACCGUCCUCGCGGCCUGCUUCUGCAAUCUUCUCGCGACCAUGGUGGUCAUUGCAGGCCUGUUCUACGUGCCCCUCUACCUGCAAGUGCUGGGCUUCUCGGCAACCGACGCCGGCCUCAAGAUCUUGCCCUCGCCCAUUGGCGUGUCGAUUUGCUCCAUCGGAGCCGGCUACCUAAUGAAGAGAACCGGCCGCUACGUCGGCCUUGGCAUCACGGCUCUAUCGAUGGUGAUUCUGGGCAUCGUCUUCUUCACCAUGCAGGGUAGAGAUAGCCCCGUGUGGCUGACUGGCGUUGCCUUUUUCUUCGUCGGAGGCGGCUACGGUGCCAUGCUGACCAUUACCCUCCUGGCGUGCAUCGCCGCCGUGGCCCAUUCUCAGCAGGCCGUCAUUACGUCGGCGACAUACCUCGCAAGGAGCCUCGGCGGGACCGUCGGAGUCACCAUCGCCUCGGCCGUCUAUCAAAACAUGCUCAAGACGCAGCUAUGGGAGCGAUUCGGCGACCAGCCCAACGCGGCCGAUGAGAUUCAACGCAUCCGCAACUCGCUAGACGCGCUCAAGACGCUCCCCGACGGGUGGUACGACGGCGUCAUCGACUCCUUCAUGGAGGCGUUCCGCGCCGUGUGGCUGACGCUGCUUGGCAUGGCGAUUUUGGCCCUGGUCAGCAUCUCGCUGAUGCGGCAGCACACUCUCCACGCGACGCUGGAGCGCAACGAGACGUCGUAGUAGAUGCAGACUGCUAGUUCGUCCGGUGAUGGGGAUUUAGAAUCUGACGGGCGCCUAUAUGGACCGUUUGGGCGACGGAAGGUGAUGGAAGGCGUGCCGUAUAUACAUGUUGUUGAGGUUGUAACAUACUUUGGAACGUGCGUGAGAUAGAUGAGGG